GGCGGUUAAAAAAAAAUUUAUCGGAGCGUAACGUAACCGUCAUCAGCGUGUGCAAAACCCGUACCAUUCCCCCACCACAGCGGAAACCUAACUCGAUUCACACAUUGCGUUUGGUUCCGCUUCAACAAUCUCUUUCUCUUAUUCCUUUAAUCCUCACCAUGGAUUGAUUGAUGAGAAUCGAUGCUACGUUGUUAUGGGUGAGAGAAGGUUGAUGAUUGUUUCUCACGAAAUCCCUCAGCGAUCUCUCAGCAUGCACUACGUAGAUACCAGUUUUUUCAACGAUAGGUUUCAUUCCGAAACGCUCAUCCUCUCCAUCCUCAAAUUGGAUGCCUCUUCCUUCCAUGUUGAAGUUGCAAAUGCAGCAACUGUUGCAGAACUUAAGCAAGCGGUGGAGGCAGUUUUCUGUCGCGUGCCUCAGAAGGGACCGGGAAAAAUAUUAUGGCCACUUGUCUGGCGACAAUUCUGCUUAAGCUAUCAAGGACAGAAAUUAGUCUCGGAAUCGGAUUAUAUUAGAGAUUUUGGCAUCGAGGAUGGUGACCAGCUUCAUUUCGUGCACCAUGUAUCUGACACUUGCAGUUUCGAGGGAAAGCAGUCCAAGAAACAAGCUGUCAAUUUGAAACAACACAGGAGGUCAUCGUCAAAAGUCAAUAGAUAUCAACAGAAAGAACAUAACGAUGACAACGACAUUGGUUUGCAUGAUAUAGUCAUAGAGAAUGCGAAGAUCCGGAAUUGCAAUAAUGCAGAAGAAAAUGGAGGAAAGCUAAGCUUACCUGGCUUUUUGGGAGGGUUGUUCUCACACAGCCGGCUGGCAGUUGUGAGCAGAGCUAGAAUUGAGGGCAGGAUUUGCUGCUCAAUGAUGCUUAGAUGUAUAGUGAGCAAUUUUAGAAAAAUUACAAGAAUUUUACGCUAUUGCAGAAGGCAGCAUUACUCUCGGAGACCCACAUGGAGAGAAUAUUGAUAGAAUUUUCAUUUUAACCUCUUGUCCUUAUACACUGUAAAGAGUUUUUCAACCGUACGUGCUUUUGGUUCUUUUAUUGUCUUUAGAGAUAGAGACAAUAAUAACUUUGCUGGACCGAAACACUGUGGCUUGUACCAUAUUGUAGUUGGAGUUUCUUCAUGUCCCUGCACAGAACGAUGCCUUGGGAAUUGUGGUUGAGUUCAUCAUGCAAAGUCUAUCAGCCAUGGCAUGCUUUUAUGUUACAUAGUUGCUGCAAUUUGGGUCUCAACAUACCUGCAACGGAAUGCUUUUUCAGUUGGUUUACUGAGGAUACUUUCCCCACCCCGCUUUUAUCACCCAAUUUAAUUGUAGUUUUGUUAAACUCAAUUGCAGUUUUGAUUUUGGUCGUGAUAUUCUUGUACACUUAGUGCUUGUAAAUAUUUGAUUGUAAUGCUACGCUUUUUUAAAAAAAAAAAAAAAAUAUUCAGUCCACAUU